AUGCUCUCCAUAAGCCGCCAUGCCAAAACCCUAGCUUCCACCACCACAACCCAGAAACGGACUUAUGUCGACGUUUACAUGAAAUGGAAGAAAGAUCAUUACUUUGACAACAUCGAACACAUUCUCCGAUCUCCUCAGCUCAAAUCCGUCGUCUCUCUCAAAAACUGCAUCGCCCAAAACCCCAACGGCUGCAUUCCGAUCUCCUCCGUCUCGAAGAAGACGCUUCAAUUCGAUGUAUCGACCAAAAUCGCAAAGUUCUUAAGACAAUUCCCUUCAAUCUUCGAGGAAUUCGUUGGUCCAGAGUACAAUCUUCCAUGGUUUAGAUUGACACCAGAAGCUGCAGAGUUAGAUAAAGAAGAGAGAAUCGUUUACCAAAACAACGCAGAGGAUUUGCGUGAUAGGUUAAGGAAACUGAUUCUGAUGAGUAAAGAUAAGGUUUUGCCACUUAGUAUUGUUCAAGGAAUGAAAUGGUAUCUUGGUUUGCCUGAUGAUUACUUGAAAUUCCCAGAGAUGAAUCUUGAUUCUUCGUUUAGGUUUGUUGAUAUGGAAGAUGGAGUUAAAGGUUUAGCUGUGAUUUGUAAUGGAGAAGAGGUUUUGUCUGUGUUGCAGAAGAAUGCAAUCAAGAAGAGAGGAGGUUGUUCAGAAAUUGAGUUUCCUCUGUUUCCAGCAAAAGGUUGUAGAUUGAGAGUAAAGAUUGAAGAUUGGUUAAAAGAGUUUCAAAAGCUUCCUUAUGUAUCACCAUAUGAUGAUUAUUCAAGUUUGGAUCCAAGUAGUGAUGUAGCAGAGAAGAGAGUUGUUGGUUUUCUUCAUGAAUUGCUUUGUCUCUUUGUUGAUCAUUCCGCGGAAAGGAAGAAGCUUUUAUGUCUCAAGAAGUAUUUCGGAUUGCCACAAAAGGUUCAUAAGGCUUUUGAGAGACAUCCACAAAUCUUUUACUUGUCUAUGAAGAACAAGACUUGUACUGCUAUUCUAAGAGAGCCUUAUAGAGAUAAAGCAAGUGUGGAAACACAUCCCGUGUUAGCGGUAAGGAAGAAAUACAUCCAAUUGAUGAAGAACUCAGAGUCCAUUCUCAAGAAUAGAAGGAAAAUUUACGGGUUUUCGAACGAAGAAAUUGUUGAGAAAGAUUUGGAUUUGGAUUUUGAAGGCUGA